GUAUUAGAAUUGAGACACCAAAAGCCCAGCUAUUGUUUGCUGUGCGCGCACAACAAAAUAUAGAGAGCGAAGUGAAAACAUUUGGAAUCCGUUUUGAACUCGCCGUCAAACUCAUUCCACUCACUCACUGAUCGCUUUCGCCGAUCUCCACCGUCUCAAAUUGUGUUGGUUCAACCCACAAAUUGUUUUUUUUAAUGCAAGUAAUGUAAUGAUUUUCAUUCUGGUAUGCUUCAACAUCAAUGAAGGGUUGUUGUUGUCAUAUGGCAUGAUCACACUGCAUUUCAGAGGAUUUCCUUUCUGGGUUUUUAAGGUUUUCUUGUUUGGUUUUCUGGGUCGGUGUUCUUUUUUCCUUCCUACAAUUGUUUUUGUUUUUUUUUUAUCUGGGUUUUUUUGGGCCAAUUUUUUUUUGGGGGCUUUGAUUGAGUGAUGCUGGACUUCAGGGAAGGUAUAAAGGUGAAGGGGUUACUGUUUGGGCUCUGGGGUUUAGCCUAGGGCUUGUUGUUUUGGUGGGUGGUGGAGAUGGAAGAGAAUACUGAGCUUGAGGAAGGAGAGGCUUGCUAUCAUGAUGAUGAUGAUGAUAAAGGCAUCAAUUACCUUGAUUCUCUGUCUUACUUUGACGAGAAGAUUCAACAUUUGCUGGGCCAUUUUAAGAAGGACUUUGAAGCUGGUCUGUCUGCUCAGAAUUUGGGUCCAAGGUUUGGUGACUAUGGUUCCUUUCUACCUACCUAUGAACGCUCUCCUUGUAUACCGUCUCAUCCAAAGACUCCACAAAGAAACCACCGCUCACCAAAACCUCCUAUCAAACUCCACAAGGAGGCUGCGUCUCAUAACAGAAAAGAACCUUCAGAUGUGCCUCCUUUUGCGAGGCUCGGAAAUGCUUCCCAUAAUUCGCAUUCCUUUCAUGAUGCAAUAGCACCUUCAGUAGAUGACUCAGUGAAGAGCAACGGAGGAAUUUCUUCCAAUGAUGUAGCUGGAAGGUUCACUUUGAAAGACGAUUCUAGAGCAAAGACCGGAAACUCAGCUGAGCAAAGAACACUGAAGUUCCGAAUCAAAAUGAACUCCAAUAUAUUAGUGAAAAAAAAUGCAGAAAUUUAUAGUGGCCUUGGGCUUGAUGACUCUCCAUCUUCCUCAAUGGGGAAUAGCCCUGCGGAAAGUGAAGGCAUUCUACCUGUAUCUCAACAGAAAGCUGAAGAUUCUCCAACCAGCAUUAUUCAGGUUAUGACUUCUUUAACUGUCCCUGGGGGUGUUCUAAUAUCACCUCUACAUGAAAGUUUGCUCAACUUGAUAAAAACUGAAAAAGUUAUUGAAGACAUCAGACGUAUGUCCUCUCUUAAUGGUCAUGAAGAACCUUGUUCCAUGUCUACUGAUGAAUCGGAUUCUCUUGUUGGGAAUGGGCAUUUGAAGAAGAGGACAGUGAGACAACAUGAAAAGCGGUUGGAAUUGAAGCAUAUGAAUGACACUCUCUCUGAGAAUGAUAUCACAUUGCAUAUGAGGAAAAGGUUAGGAAAUAGAACACCAGAUUGUAAGGACUUUUUCUCUAAUGAUUUGAAAUCGACACCUUUGUCAAGUUCAAUUUGUGAUGCUGGUGAAACUGCUAAAGUCACAGCCAAAGCUUCUGCAGUCUCCAAGGAGGUUAAUGAGAACAGGGUGCAAGGCAGAAUAGUUUCUGUUGAAGCAUUGAAGGAGUCGUCAUUGGAAUCUGUAUCUGGUCAGGAUUUUGAGAAGAUUGAAAAGCAAAAUGCAGGAAAUGGUUUUAUGAAAAGUGUUUUAGAAGAGAAACUGGAAAAUUCCCACAAGGACAUGUCUGCUGACCCUAAGAAUAAUGACAAGGGUAAUCCUUACAUGGUGUCCAAAAAGGUUGAGCGUGAUGCAGUAAUUUGUAAGAUAGAUAAAAAGCAUGAGACUCAUCAGAAGGUAAAGGCUGUAUCUGAGGGGAAGAAUAAAUCAAAAGUUUAUCAGAGUCCUAGAAAAUCUGAGGCUGUUGCAAGAAAAGAUGGCCUUGGUGGUGCUAAUAAUGCACUGACAACUGAUAAAGGGAGUGCUGGCUUGGACACUAUUAGUAGAAGUAAAAUGAAUAAAACAAAGUCUCCGAAGGAUAGUAAGGUCGGAGAUAUUAACAAAGAUUCAUUGAAAGGACACAAAUCAGAAAGGAAAGUUGUUGGUCCUCAUGGUAAUAAUGCAAUAAAAAAUAUUAACAUUAAUAAUGAAAAACAGAGUGCAUUUAGGUCUAAAGGAAAGGAAAGACCAAAUGGCAAUAAAAUGGUCAACCAGUUGCUUACUGGGCCAUGCAUAAAAGAUGCUUCAGGUUUAUUUCCUAUGGUUGAAAAUAACCCUGCUCCUGAGACGAUUCCAUCGGUAGCUGCACCCCUAGUUAUUGCAGAAGAUUGGGUUGCUUGUGACAAUUGCGAGAAGUGGAGGCUUCUACCUACUGGUUUAAAGCCCGAGCAGCUUCCAGAGAAAUGGUUGUGUAGUAUGCUAAAUUGGCUGCCUGGGAUGAAUUCUUGUGAUAUCAGUGAGGAUGAGACAACUAAGGCAGUUCAAGCGUUUUAUCAAUUGCCAAUUUCUGAGUGUCAAAAUAACAUGCAAACCCAUGCCACUGGAACUGCAAUUGGAGUGAGCUCUGCUGAUUCUUUGCAAUUUGGCCUGAAUCACAAGAAGUCCAGCUCUGAUGUAUUGCCUGACGGAGUAAAGAAGAAGCACGUCGUUAAGGAAAAGACAAUGUCAGGAAUCAAUAAUGACGUGCUUCAGUUCUCAAACUCUGCCAAGAUAAAUGCUCAAGUGUCUGGAAACAAUAGAAGUUUGAAUGACAUGAAUCAGCAACCUGCAGACUCAAACCCAAUGAAGAAGAUGGGUUCUAAACAGUCUAGCAGGUUUAACAAUAUUGUAGAGGAGAAACAUGUGCCUAAACAGAACGAUAAGCAAGUAAAUGGAGGUGACAGAAAACACAUUAAAUUGAAACGGAAGAUGGAUGCUGAUCAUUAUGGAUUGGGAACUCCUAAGAAAUCAAAAACUGAAAAUGUUUGCUAUGCUGAUGAAAAAUUGGAUCCUAGCAUUGGCCUUGAGAAAGUGGGUCUAUCUGCAAGAAAUGGUGGUUUACCAGCACAAGCUAGUGGGAAGGAUAUGAGAAAAUAUGAUGAGUACUGUUCAUCUCUGGAUGUACAGGACAGAUUACUAGUCCCUGUAAAGAAAGAGGGAGAUCAAGCUCAGGUUUCGUCAGGUGGUGGGUCCUUGGAUGUGAAGAACAGCCGCAAAAAUGAUGGUCUAAUGAAGAAAAGGAAAGUGCAGGACUGGUUGGAUGAUGAGAAGCAUAACACCUCUCACUCCUUGCAUGCUGAUAAGCAGUGUGGUGAAGAGGGAAAUGCAAGUAAAUUUAGGAAGGAAAAGAAGCAUAAAAUUUUGAAUGAAGAGGUACGAUCAGUAAUUGAAGGUGAUGAUAAUUUGACAAAAGUUGGGAUGAGGCAAGUUUGCCUAUUAGACAAUAGGGACCAAUUUGGGACAGAAGUAAGAUAUGUCGAUAAAGGCCACCAACCAAGGAAGCAUAGAAAAAAUAUUGCAUCUCAUCGAGCUUUGGAUGGUAUGGAUCCACUGGGCAAGAAUUUGGGUUCUAGACAGCUUUCAUUGGCAGAGACUUCAAGCUCUUCUAAGGUUUCUGGGUCUCUUAAAGCUAAAACCAACUUUGAUGAUGUGAGAGGUUCACCUGUGGAAUCUGUUUCCUCAUCACCUUCUAGGGCCUGUAACUUGAAUAAGCGUAUUUUGGCAGUAGGGGGCAUUUCAGUGAAGGAUGAUGCUACAAAAGGUGGUUUCUCUUCAGUAGGUUCCAGGAGAAGCAUGGAUUGUAGGGAGGGAAAGCUAUCAAUAAAAUUGAAGAAGGACCGAGUUUCAUAUAACUCACAUCCUGGAUCUCACAAAUUAUCUUCAAUAGAGUACCAGGUUGAGGAAGCUAAAGGCAAAGCCACAGUCCAAGCUAAAACUUCUUCUGAAAUUAAGUAUAAUCAUUUGCUUAAAGAUGGUGUUCCAAUUGAACAACAUGGAGAUGAUGCCAAUGACAUGCAUCACGAGGAGAAAGUAAAUGAGGACAACCAGGAAAAUGAUUUUUCUUGGCAGAAAUCUGAUAAGAAUACUUCAUUGCACAACAUGGAAAAGAACGAAAGAUCUGCUUCUCAGGUUGUUACAGAUAAGAUGAAGGCUUCAGGUUCGGAGAAUUGUCAUUCCAAAAAUGGCAGGAGGUAUGAUUCAGCAGUUGACCCAAGUUAUCAUGCAUCUGGUCCCGAGACAAGAAAUGAUGCUAAAUACUGCUCUUUGAAGUCUAGAUGCGGGACUGACAAUAUUCUUAAGAAGAGUUCUUUAAGACACGGGUCAACGGAAACUUCAAAGCAAACUGUGCUGAAGCAAAGAGACUUUGAGAAUUCUGUUCUGAAGAUGGAUACUCAAUGUAGCACUGAUAAAAAGACCAUCUCCCAGCAGAACCUGACUCAGGAUGGUGACGAAGAAAGCAAAGCUCAUGUAUGCACAGAAUCUAGAGAUGGGAAAUCCAUAGUUCUCUCAUCUGCUGCGGGUCAAAUCAAAAGGGAAACUCACGUGUGUUCUAGAACUCUAAUGGGAGAUAACUCUAAUGCCAAUGCAGAUGUGUCUGGCAACGGUGGUGUGACCAGGUUAAAGAGAAAUUCUGCUGAUGUUAGCAGCAAUCUUUUAGUUAAUUGUAGUUCCGUAAAUUUUGCACCUGAACAACAACUCACUGUAUCAAGUCCUCUGGGAGCAAAUUCUAGCCAAACUGCUGGUGACACCCUGGAUGAGGCCAUAAAACUAAAAGAUAGAGCAGAUCAUUACAAGAACUCUGGGUUUAAUUUUGAAAGCAAUGAGACUUAUUUUCAAGCUGGUUUGAAGUUUCUGCACGGAGCAUCUCGAUUAGAAAGUUGUCACAGUGAGAGUAGCAAGCAUGGGGAGAUGAAUCAUAUGCAAAUUUAUGUUACUGCAGCCAAACUUUUAAAAUCUUGUGCCCAUGAAUAUGAAAGUCGCCAAGAAAUGGCAACAGCUGCUUUGGCAUAUAAAUGCAUGGAGGUGGCAUACAUGAGAGUGGUUUAUUGCAAACAUUCUAGUAUAAAUAGAGAUCGACAUGAGUUGCAAACAACUCUUCAAAUGAUUUCUCAAGGUGAAUCUCCUUCAUCUUCAGCAUCCGAUGUUGAUAACUUCAACAUUCAGGCGGCAGUUGAUAAGACUGCUUUGCCCAGGGUUACUAAUGCUCAUGUUGUUGGUAACCAAGUCAUAUCUGCUCAAACUCGUCCAAGCCUGGUCAAGCUUCUUGAUUUUACGCAGUAUAUGCAUUUUGCAAUGGAGGCUUCUAGAAAAUGUGAAAGCACCUUCGCAGCUGCUAGUAAUGUGAUAAUGGAAGAGGCACGGAAGAGGGACUGUAUAACUUGUAUUAGGAAGAUUAUUGAUUUCAGCUUCCAGGAUGUAGAUGAGCUUAUACGUCUGGUUUGGAAUGCAGCAAAAGCCAUAAGUCAUGCUGGCCUUGGUGGUGCUAGAGAUUAACUUCAUCCUGUAUAUAAUGUAUUUUUUUGGUUUUACUUCUCUGAGAUGGAUUUGUGAAAGGAAGGAGAUAGAGUAUAAUCUGCUAAGAUGGCAGGUUGCGCGAUCUGUUAUGUACAUUUGUACAAAAUGUGAUUGGUUAGAAAAUUUUGUAACCUAUUUUAAUCAUUAAGGUUCUUCUUAGCAGGGGUACACAACUCACCCUUAAUUUUAUGGGUCAGAAAGAGGGAAAGGGUUCCUGGUUAUAAGUUAGACACCAGAUGGAUAUUAUGUUAGUUCAGUGCUACAUUCUUUGCUCCAAUGAGUUGGAGCCCUAGAAAAGAGAAUAUAGAAUAUGGAAAUGUUAGGCAACCAUUUUUUAGGGCUAUGAUGAAUACUGAUCUAGUUAUGAUAGGUAUAUUGUUAAUGACAAA